AUGUUUACAUCUCUUGCAGAUAUCACCAAUGUUCAAAUUCCCCUUAAUGGGAAGAUGGUCAAGGCCGCUUCACUCGCUCGACCCGGAGAACUUGCGGUUAAGCGGCAUAAUCCCUAUGGAUGGAAGUGUCUUGGAGAACCUUCGAUAACCUCGAGCACCGCACCAUUUCCCGAAACAACGAGCUCGAUAAGAAUCCCAACUACACAGGAUCUUUUCGUGGAUAAAGAAGAUGCUCCGCCGACUCCGACCAUGCCUCCUGUUUGUAAUGCACUUGUGCAGUUUAAGUGUCACCAAAAGGAGUUCUCCUCCCCUAUUGUCGUCGCCAAAGGUCAGUACGUCGUUGUUCAGGGUGACAGAGGAAUCGACAUUGGGGUUGUUAUUCGGGUGAACACGGAGACUUGUAAAGCGUAUGUGGAGCGCUCUGGACCAACUGGCAGCAUUCUGCGACAUGCAACACAGCGUGAAGUAGAUUACUGGGCCACGGAUCUCAAAGAGGACGAGGCUGUCGCAGUUUCCUUCUGCCAGCAGCGUGUGUAUCGUCAUGGAUUUGAUAUGGAGAUACGUCAUGCCGAGUACCAGUUUGACAAGAAGAAGCUCACGUUCUAUUACAGCGCAAAGUCAAGGAUUGACUUUGUGCAGCUCCUUAAAGAGCUUUACAGGGAGUUUGGUUGCCGUAUCUGGAUGGAGAAGGUGCGGUUGCAGGAUUAG